CUGAGCGUCUCCAUUGUCUGGCCAGUAGCAGCAGCACCAGCAGCGGCGACGGCGGAGCGGAGGGGAGCGGAGCGCAGCGCCGUUGUGAGCGCAGGGGAGCUGCAUCACCGUGACCCCAAUCUCUGGGUAAAAGGGACCGCUGAUCGUAGACCACCGGACCCAACAGACAGAGCGGACGGCGACGUCAUAUAUAUAUAUUUUUUUCCAUCGACAGACCGUCAGUGUUUGGCGGUCAGACAGGUAGCAACAGUUGUCACGAUGUCUGAGAUCAGAUGAGGCCAGAGCGGCGGAGAGUACAUAGUGGCGCUGUUGUGAUUCGGGCCGGGUGGGUUAAACGCUUUGCUGCCGCGUCCCGCCUGCAAUGAUACAGCCGUCUUAAUCACCUCGGACGGCGAAGGGAGUGUUGUGUACAUCUGUUUGUCAUUCUGGGCUUUCGCCGUCGGUCUGCUCGUCAGCCAUCCCCGGUUGUGUCGAGAUUUUGUCUGCUGGUGAGGUGAAUCCAGACGUCAGGGGUGGCUCAUGUUCGGCUCAGCAGGGAAACGGGCUGUUGCGUCUGCAGAGAGUCAGAGCUGACGAGCCUGCUGAGACACACGGGCAGACAGACAGGAAGGCCGAGAGACAGACAGGAGCGAGGGGAGGGGGCGACAGCCUGUUUCGGCUCUCUCGACCCUUUGCGGAUCGAGCCGAGCCCCCUCCUGUUUCCACCCAGAACCCCCACCCAUUUGUCUCCCGCUUUGGAUGGGGGGAAAGCAGAGCACGGCGGGGCGGCCCCGGGGUGCUUUUCCCGGUGUCUCUACGGAUGACAGCGCUGUGCCACCCUCGGCCCACUUCGGCCACUACCGGCCGAGCGGCACCAUGGGCCUGCGAAGCCGUUCAGUGAGCUCUGUUGCCGGGAUGGGCAUCGAUCACAGUCCCGCCGUGCCCUUCGGCUUCUACACCCCUAGAGGGACGGACUCGGAUCGAGCUGGAGGGGGGUCAGGGGGUACUACAGCCGCCCCCACGGUACCGGUUACCAGGACACUGGGGGCGGAGGGCAUCACACGGACGGGGUGCUCUAUCUGGGGUCCCGGGGGUCGCUGGCUGACGCCUUGCCCUUGCACAUCGCACCCCGCUGGUUCAGCGCGCACAGCG